AAUUUCCUUGCUUGUUACUUGCAUUCACAAAAGUGUCAGUACUGAGUUUUGAACUCGAACCAGUUUAUAUUGUUUAUAUUGUUGAACUGAAAGGGAUGUCAGAUUGCCCUUCUUAUUGAUCUCACAAGCCGAAGAACGUAUUGUUAGUAAGAUGAGGUAAUGAUUCCAGAAAAAAAAAAAAUAAAGAGAUUUUUGAAACCGAAAAAGUGUCUUUCUUUUAUUGACUUUCAAUUGGCAACAUAUAAAUAAUGAUAUUAAAUUGUCUUAAAACUAAAGAACCUUACGUUGGGCCUAAAAGUGACUGUCAGAUUAGUCCUAUAUUUUUGCAGUUUUGGUGGGUUUUGUCCUAUAUUUUCAGGUUGUUGAGUCCUAUAUUCCUAUAUUUUUGGACCCCUAAAGUGCUUGACACCCUGUAAAUAUAAAGUUUAGUCUCAUUUCCGUUGUAUUCAUAAUUAAUCUAAUUAUUUUUUAUGUAGUUUCUACAGGGAUGAUUUAAGCUUUUGUCCUGAAGGGUCCUCAUCUAUCUCAAAGGUUUCAUAAGCAGGAGUGAAAAUAUGUCCUUUAUUAUCAUCUGUUCUCUUAAUUCAAAGGUUAAAUUUCAAGGUGUUACAGGAGAAGUGCAGUUCGACCAGGUUACUGGUGAACGGAGACUGCAUAACGGUCUUGACAUUCUGAAUAUUGCUGAAGAUGAAGUAAAAAAGGUAUGCCAUGAAUAAUCGAGACCUACAACAAGUUCCCACAACACCAAGAAACACGCACUGCUCUGUUAUUUUUGCUUUAUGCUUUUCUCGGUUAUUUUUUAAGUCAUUCUUGCAAUGCUAUUGCUAAGUCUUAUUUAUCUAUCUGUUUAUUAAUUUGUUUGUAUUAGUGUUUUUUCUUUUGGCAUGCAUGUAGAUACUAUCUUGCAACAGACCUUUUGAACCUUUCGAACGAUCUUUUAGAUUUUGGAGUCCCGGUAUGUUCUGUUUUCUCGCACUGUUCUAAUCCUGAAGUUGCCUCGUUAUUACAUUGGCUACUGUGGGAUCCCCGAUUACAAAAUACUCUAAUUUUCCAAACGAAAAAGGUAGCUGCAUUUAUCCUCGCCUAUUUUGUUUGGUUGGCUGUUGUUCUUUUCACUUUUAGUCAAAUACUCUCUUUUGCAGAUGCAAAUUAUCUCAUCACGAUUUUUUCACCCAAAUUGUAAGUCAAUUGUCAGGGUUUAAGUUAAAUUAUUACGAUUAGUUUGAUAAUUUUCUUGGUAUUAUUUUGCAGGUCGGCUCUUGGCGACCUGAACCGGGAAUAAGACAUUACCAUGUUUCGUUAAAUGAAAACGAAAAGGUUCGUUGGGUGGGAGACUUUGCUGAAAUUAUAAAAUGCCAUAAUCCAGGUGCAACUGGGCCCCAUGAGACGGAACCUCUUCCUCGGUUAAAGGUCACCACUUUUUUGGUAAGGACACGUGUUCACACAUUGUUAGCCUUGUUAGAGAACACGUGGUAUCGAACGAUUUUUUGUGUUUUCGUAUAAAGGCUACUGGCCAUUCUUCUCAGAUGUCUAAACCUAGUAACUUUUUGUCUUAUUAGAUCGAAGAAAUGAGUGUUUUCCAUUAUAUUGAUCUCACUAGUCGCAAACUAACGGAACUUAAGCCGAGGAAAAAUGGGACUACAACUGUCGAUCAAAAGAAAAUCCAGCCCGACCGAAUUGUUUCAUUUACAUUUCGACCGAAAGUUUGAUAAUUUUUUCAUUAAAUUGGGACUGGGAAGGAAAAUUUUUGAAAGAGGAACGGCAAGUUUUGGUCGAAACGGACUGUCCGCUCAAAGAGCCCACUAGCUCUGGAGGGGGACCAAUGAAAUGUGCAACCGAACUUUUACGGAAUGCUUGGCAUGAAAGAAAGCACUCAUUCUAACACUAGGCUAUAAUUGUUAUAAAGCAUGCAAUGCCUCAAGCACCAAGAAACUUAAUGGUACUUCUUAUAAUUCUUAUUUUGCUGUUCUUUCAGGAGGAACCCUUUGUUGAAAAAGUGAACGAAUCCGUGAGACUUCCAAAAGUUGGUAAAAAAGUUCCUAAAACGCUUCUUCAGGGGUUUUGCAUAGACUUAAUAGAAGAAUUAUUAAAACUUGCGAAGUUCGAAUACGAUAUUUACUUGGAUAAAAACUACGAUGGAUUGGUGGAAGAGUUGACACAACAGGUAGUGUAUGUUUCGAGGUGAAAUUGUUGUUUCCAGUUUUACACUGAUAAACCAAAGAAGCAAUAUAGAUGAAUGGCACUUUUAUGUUUGUCUAUCCGUGCUUCCUUUUUUAUUUGCCGUGUCAUUUAUACCUUCUUCUAACUUUUUGAGCUGUUAUUUAACGUUUCACUCAAUUUGUUGACAGUUUCCUCUUUAUGAAUUUUCAUACAUUUCGUGACACAGCUCCUUUAGAAUAAAAAGGUUUCUCUAAAAGAUGUAACACUUUUCUCUUGCAGAAGAAAGAUAUUGCGCUUGGUCCCAUCACGAUAACUGCUGAGCGCGAGAUGCGUAUCGACUUUAGCAAACCAUUCAUGGACUUCAGCAUAAGCCUUAUUAUGCAGAAACCGGGAGAGCCUGCAAUUGACAUCUUUGCCUUCCUCAUGCCUUUCACGGGUGUUGUGUGGCUCUCUAUAGUUGGAGUGGUGACGUUUUCUUCUGUCUUCUUUUUAUACUUUAAUACAUUACACAUAUAAUUCAAAGGAUCAAAUAAGUUCCCGUAUGCUUCCCUUCUGCCUUAUGCUUCUUUUAGCUUACGUUUAUUAAUAACCGUUUUUCUUAUGGAGGCCUUUAGCGAGGCAAAUUCGCUAGAGACGCAAACACCAUUAACAUUUGUACAAGCUAAGAAGACUGUUUUAUGACGUCCCCGCAGAAAAAUUGCAUUUACCACUUUGAUGUUGAACUUAAAUAACCUUGAAUCGUCCGUUUGUGAGAACGCGUAGGGAAGACAGGAACAAAUUGAAGUUCUAAAUGGCUGACUAACUCUGCUCAGUGCUCGAAAUAAACUUUUUGAUGUACUGGUCCAUUGUCCAGUUCAUUCAGAUUUUCACUGAACAAAAUGCAAUAGUACAGGAGUACUGUUGCUUUCUUAUAUGUAUAUUUUGUUUUUAGGUUUUGUAGGUCAAUGUUUCAAUUGGUCGCAGGAUAAUUACGUAAAUGGAAUAACCUAAUAGACUAACAGCCCUUGUUUUAGGUACAAACAAUUGUACUGUUACAUCUAUAAGUUCGGCAGCUAAAAAAUAUACAGUAUCACGUGGCAUGGCAGUGACUUUUAAAAAAAUCCUAUGGAAGAUUAGGAUAAUAAUAUCGCGAAAUCCAGUCGCACAUAAUCGCACUCCAUCAAUCCAAAUAAGUUAUCUGGUGUGUAUAAUUCCGUAGUUUUUUCCUUAGGUUCUUGGUAUGACAGUAGUGAUGUAUGCAAUGGACUAUUUAAGCCCUUUUGGUUACCAUGCUCGAGCCCAGGCAGCAAAUAACGAACCUGGAAACGAAUUUAACUUGUUAAACAGCCUUUGGUUUGCCACAGCUUCGAUUCUGCAGCAGGGUCCGGACAACACUCCACUGGCUCCUUCUGGUCGCCUUUUAGCCUCUGCGUUCUGGUUUUUUACAUUGAUUCUGAUAUCUACUUACACGGCAAAUCUUGCUGCUUUCUUUACAAGUAUGUAUUUCGAACAUAUACCUUGAGUUAUGUGGAUUUUAGAAAAGGAACGCUAAAUACAUUGAUCGAAGUGAGAUUGUUUAGCUUUUUUGUAGAAUUAUGUUUAAUGCGAUGUCGAGGUAGUUUCUAUUCUCUUCCUUAGUUAAAAGAACCGUUGCUACGAUAAACUCAUUAGAAGAACUGGAAAAUCAAACCGAAAUUAAGUAUGGAGUUCUUCGCGGGGGAUCUCUGCAGAAAUUCUUCCAGAAUUCAGGCGACCAACUUUACCGACGAAUGUUCUCCCACAUGCGUGAAUACGAUACAGCUGUUAAUUGUACCGCAGAGGGGGUCGAGAAAGCAAGAACUGAACAGUACGCAUACCUAACGGAGCAGCCAUUUCUCGAAUACUACAACCACCAAAAGUGCAAUACCAGGCUGUUAAACAACCUGCUGCAGUCCCAAGCAUACGGAAUUGGGUUGCAGAAAGACUCCGAGUACACUAACGAAAUUUCUGUGGCAAUCCUAAAAGUGAGUAGUCACGUUUACGGCGCUUAUCUAAAUGUUCCCUGGCCUACAAAGGGACAAAACGUAGUGAAUCAGAGUAUUCUGCAAUCAAAAUACAUCUUGGGAUGGUCACAGGUUGAUCACUGUUCAAAAAAAGUUUACUCAAACGGACUUUUGUCUUAUGCGGAGUCUUCCUCAAUAUUCGUGUAACAUUAUUGACGUGAGAACUGCAUUUAUAUAAUGUACAGACUCCAAGCAGUGAGUUGAAAAAGGAAGCAAGGACCAGUCUUGAAUUGUCAAUUAAGUAAAGAUCAUUGUAAAGUUCAAUCUUUUUCAAGUCUAUUACGAAUAGAAUUUUCAAAAAUUGGGGUGUGUUGUCAAAGAUCUUACAAUUCUCCCUCUCAAUAGCUUUUCUUUUUGAAAUCUGAACAAUGAGUGUAAAAGUUCUCAAUCUUGAAAUGUUAAUAGUCAGCUGUAGUAAGGAUCAAACUAUAAAAAUAUGCAACAACCACGGUGGCAAUUGCGACGCAGCGCAAUCCGUCGCCUGUCCUCUGCAACGUCGCCUAAUAAAGACCACCCAGUCAACCGUCGAAACGUCACUAGGGAGUUUAAGAUAUCACGGCAUCGACGCCGACGAAAAUGUCGCUUAAAAGUGAAUUUGCGUCCUUAUAAUCACGUUGUGAUUAUUUCAACUCGCCUUCUUUGUCAAAUGCAGGCGAACUCUUCUGGAGCGGAAUCCCUAGCAACCAUAUCCAAGUUCAGAAAGAAAUGAAAAAGAAAAUUUCGUCGUCACUUGUCUACGUCCUCCUUAAAACGAGAAAUGAGGCUUUUUCAUGUCGUAGUUGUGCAGUGAUGGCAAAAAAUGUACAAAAAAAAAAGUGUUAUGCAAGUGCAGAGUUGUUGUUUGCCCAAGCAAUCUAUUGCCUUUUUGACGUUCUUUUUGCUGUUGCUGUCGUCGCAUCUUAAACUCCCUACUAUAUGUAUAUUUCGGUGCUUUUAUCAGGAGACAGACCAUAAAAAACUAUAGAGUAACUGCUUAUACUUGGUAACGUUGAGUGAGUGAGUGUCUGUGAAACAGCCACAGCAUCUGCUGUCAGUAAAUAUUGUGAGCCAAUGCACCUUCUUGUUCUUCUACAGUUGCGGGAAAGAAAUUUUGUUGAGAGGAUUCGUCAUAAGUGGUGGGACGAGCGGAGCAAGUGUCCAAAGCCGAAGCAAUCAAAAACUGGAAACACAAAACGUCUCGACCUGAAUAACAUGGCUGGAGUAUUCUUGGUUUUGGUUGGUGGCGUUAUCAUUUCUCUGGUACUGGUGGUUUUUGAAAUGAGGUGUAAAAAACUGGUCGAAUACUUCACAAGCGGUCAGGUAAUACUGCCAGGUAGUAGAAAAGUCAAGUGUUUGGUAUGUAUCUGCAUUAAUAAAGACAUUUUAUAACAUAACAAAAGUAAAUCGCGCGCUCUGAUUGGUCAGUUAGCCACUGCCAUUUGCCCGUGGGUGCACGCCAAGAAACUGAGCUAGCGCGGUAAAAUUUAGGUAAAUUCAACAAAUCUCCUCUCCUGACGGUGAAGUACACCGAUAAAAUGCACAGAUGAAAAGUGGAAGUUGAAGAAAAUACUAAGCUGUCGUUUUGAAGGAAAGAAGACAAAAGAUCAAGCGACAAAUUUGCCCUGGAUGAAUUAAUCACUGUUUUCCUCGCGCUAGAAUCGGCUGAAGGAAAAUCGAGCGAGCUAAGAUUUAAGGUACAUUUUGUGAGUUUUUUAUAGAAGAGAAAGUCUGUUUGAAUUGUAAAUUUAUCAAUUAGCAUUGUGUUAUUGACUUUUUGGUCAAGCUGAUGCUAAAUUCAAGCAAAUAUUGUAGGAAACACGCUCAAAUUCGAGACAGCUUUGUCGUGAAGUUUUCAUCGCAUCGGUUAAACAUUUUAUUUGAGUUUAAACGGGCACAUUACGCUGGAAUAAGCGAAUUUCAUUUGAGUACAGAAACAUCUGGGUUUUCAAAUAAAUUUUUCAAAAAAUAACUUCUGUUUGUAUUAUUUUGUUCCUCAGUGUUCUAGAACAGUCGUUCAGAGAACGGUUGAAAAACAACAGCUUCAGCACCGGCUGUGUGUCAGCGAAUUUCAGUUGCAACUGUGACUUUCAUUGCUGGAUUUGCCUAGACACAUUUCGAUACAAAGCUAGUUAUAUUUAAUUUCUUUUUUAAAAUUAGUGUUACCUGUUAUUCUAAAGGAAUUACAGUUUACAAAUGACAAAUUUUCUCAUUUCUACUUUACGUUUAUUUAAAAACUUGUCACAUAAAUAAGCUGGACAGUUAUUUCAUUUAUUUAGUUUUAGCUUAUUUUUUAGGGUCUUUUUAGUUGGUGUUUAUAGUUGCAGAUAUAGUUUUCCCUCAAAGUUUUUACCUUAAUAUUAAGAGCAAGAAGACAGAUGCCAUUCAGAAUAACAACAAAAAACGUUUUGCAAUUUACCUGAAGACGGAGAACGGUUGAUUCAGCGAAAGAAAAACUCAAAGGCAAGUUUUUGAAAAACAUAGAACAUGGUUUGUUUACGCGCGAGCAGAUAGCAGCAUACGUGAAAUCGGACCGAUGACUCAACCGAAGGCAAAUAGAAAAUAAUGUUUUUGUCUUUUGAUUAUGUUAUAAAAGAAAUGGUAAACGUUGCAGCAGUGCAACCAUGGGGUUAUGGAUGCACUUGGGAGGUUUGCUAAGCACUCAAGAAGCUAGAGUCCAUGGUUGCACGCUGCACGUUUACCAUUUCUUAAAUGUUGAUCACUAUUUCCUUGUUAAUGUAUUGGUUCAUUUUUAUCCAGAAAAGCAGUAAAGCUCGAAGCGGCAGGAGGAAUUGCCAAGACAAUUUUUGUGCCUCAUGGAAAUGUUUGCGGGAAAAUAGGAUUUUUAUUUUUUCUCGUACUGCUUUUUGUUAGUUGAUUAGGAGAGUAAUUAUUGGCUUGCCGUGUUGCAAAACUGCAUCUCAGUAUCAUGCCUAGGGGUAAGACACUUGGUCAAAUGUCACUCCCCCCCCGCUUUUGUGGUAGCGUCCAUUCACUUCUGCUACUCUUCAAGACAACAGCGAUUUUCAAGUAUUAUUUAACAGAUUUUCUUGGGAAGCUAAGUAAAAUGUGUAAAAAAACAUGAUACCGUGGCCAGCCAUGCUGGUUUCUUUGUAUCAGCUAGUGAGAAAGGUUCCUAGAAAAGACUACUAUAAAUGUCUUGCUCUUAAUGGAGCUUUAAGCCGUACAGAGUAUUUAGGUAGUCUCAAUGUACAUGCACCCAAAGAAGAAUUUCUGAAAAGUAGUUUUCAAAUCAUAUUCAUUUCCUUUUAGGCCACAAUAAAGCGACAAUCACGCUGCGAGUCACACGAAUACGAGCCGAUUGACAGAACAGUAAGAGUGAAGGUGGUAUUGGCACAAGGUGAUAAGGUUCUAACACCCAAGGCCGAUAAGAGACAGAAAAAGUCCACUUGGAAUAACUUGCUGAACAAGUAAUAAAGGUACAGAAAAUUUCUGAAACGUUUUCUUUUGUAGCCUUCAAGACUGGUAAUUUGUUAUUUACUGUGGAAGAAAAAAUUCAAUUAGAUUUGUCAACAUUUUAUCAAAGUGACAGCGCAGAAACAAUUCACCAGGAUGUUCCAGCCUAACCAGAGUUUCUCUCUGGUUAGGCUGGAAGGCUAGCGACGUUGCGGCAUUUUAAGCACUUUCUGCAAUAACCUACAUGAGGGAAGUCUGCACGACAGCUAAGGUUCAACUAAGCGUCAAUGCAGAAUGCAUAGAAACUACAAGUUAGAGUAAUAACAUUUCUCCAGGGCAUUGCUGCUGUACCUUAUUCUUCACCAGUGGGCAUGUCCACGUUCUUUCUGGUUGCUGAACUCUGCAUUGGAGCCAAGUGGCCCAUCAGGUCAGAGCUUAACCCCGAUUUCUGCAGAAUGAAGUGACCAGGAAUAUUUCUUUUUUCCUCCUGGAAGGUAUCUCAGUCGUCCAUCACAGGGUUACACCCAGCAUCUAUAAGUUUGCUGGUAGUAAUUUAUACAUCUAGAUGGAGUGAAGCAUUGUGGGAAUAGAGUGUUUAGCCCAAAACACAACAAAAUGACCACGACAGGGACUAAACUUGGACGUCUUGAUACCGAGUCACAAGUACUAACCACUGAACAACCACACCUCCUUUCGAGGUCAGACUUGAGUCAAAUGUUUGGAACCCAAGACAACCCAAAUCUCCUCUACAGAUAUUGAGACGAAAGCUGGUACGUAGCUGGGUUUUCAGAAUAAUAGGCUGUCAUUAUUGUUAUUAACCAUUGGAACGUCACAAGCUUACGGCUCAGUCAACAAAAUUUUUGCCUUUAAUAGGUCCUUUGUAACAUUCAUGUAGAAUAUCAAACGCGGAAAAGAUUGUGUUAUCCUGAAUGUCUAGAUACCAAGAGCCCGGGGAGAGGGUACUCCCUCAUAUGGCCUACACGGGGAUGUUGCCGCUUCGCGAAAACAACUGGACCAAAGUGAACAAGAAGAAAGGCCGCCGCCAGAUUUUGUAAAUCCAUGGAUACCUCUAUUCGGAAAACGUCUCAAAAGGAAGUUCAAUUAGAGACUCUUUCCCUGCUGCAGACGUUUAUCAGAACCGAGUAAAUCAAAUCAUUUAGAGAUUACUGGGCGUUUCAGGAACUGGACGCCAUGGCGGGAUUGGCCCAUCAGCGUGCUCUCAUUAAGUCAUAUUUCUCUAAUUUCAUGUAACUAGAGAAAUAUGACUUGCGCGCACUAUCUAACAGACAUUGAUCUGGAAGAGGUCGUUGAUCCGUUUGCUAAGAAGCGCCCAACGUGGCACAUUACUGAAAGAUCAUGAUGAUCAGCAGCAAACCUAGCGAAUAAUCAUAUUUAUCACCUUCUUUCCACUUUUUCUUUUUAAAUAGUGAUAUUGCCAUGCCAUUUUCAAGUAUCAAAAUACAUAUGUUAAGUAGUCACUUUGCUAGAGUAUCAAUUUUGAAGUUCAAACAUUUUGCGAAAUAUCCGCGUUUCGCUUUUGGCUACCUGUUUUCGUAUCAUGCCGCCUUCAAAACGCUCGAAAUGCCGUCUCAGACAACCUAAGUUGAUUUGAUUUAAUUUUAAUUUAAAGGCUUCAUUUAUGAUACAUUCGUGGCCCUCAUUACACUAUAAAAAGAAUCUAAAAAGUAAAGUCAGUAUAUUAUAAUAAUUCUAACACUAUGUACAUUAAACUAAAAAUAUCGAUAGUUACAUUAAAAAUAAAAAAAAUUUAAAAUACAUUCAAAAAACGGCCGAAAUUUCCUGAAAUAAAAUCUCACUUUAAGAAAGCUUCACACCUAAACGAGAGGGAAAGCGCUCUGAUUAGUUAAAAAUGUCUUGUAACUGCGCUUGAAAGUGGAAAUUGAUGCUUUCUUCCUGAUCCUGGAUCAAUAGCGUUCCAUUCUGUAAUUGUCCUAACCGUGGAGGUUUGCCCUCUCCCUGUUUUCCUUGUGGAAUUCCUCCCCCCUAUCUCUAGAGACUUGCGCCUUCGGUCUCGUUUGGGCCGUCUCCUUGUAGGAUCGCACCUCCCCGUAAAAUAUCUUGGCUACGGGCCUGCUCUGUCCUAUAAACAGGGUGUACAAUUUCGUGCAAUUUUGUCCCAAACAGUGUGCAUGUCCUUUGUCCUAAAUAGGGUAAUAAAUUCCAGGAUUUUUCCCUCAACAGGGCGUGUAUUUUAGACCAGUUUGUUUUUUGCCUAAAUAGGGUCAGGUUUCAAACCCUCAUGCAGCUGCCCACCUAUACCAAAAUAUUGGUCGAAUACCCCCACCCCCCCGGAGCAACUAUUUAAUAUUUUGAAAUUUGUCCUUUAAUUUUUUUUCUUUAAAUUUUGUUUUAAGGCACUUCUGUCUAUCAUAUUUUUUUUAGUUAUAUGAUAAGUGUAUUCGCAUUACUUCCUCUCCAAUUGUUUCAAGUAACUGAAUAUUCUGAUAUUCUUUCUGCAGGACGAAGCUGGAAACCGUGACAAUGAUUACUGACUGCUACGGAUACAUCUGAGAAUGUAAACCCUCAUUAUCUACUAAAUACUAAAUGUUAAUGUCAGCAACUACGCUCCUGUCUCCCAUAA